UGACCACAUUAUUUGACAGGUCCCCAAAAUCCUCCAAGGGAAAUAGAGCACAUCGACGACGAUCUCGAUCCAAGACCAACACAAUGGAUCUCCGGGUACUACGCCGCCCCAUAUUCGACCUCCUGGCAGGGCGAGGCCAAUGUCUCCUCUCUGGCACUGUAUCGAGUCGCCGCAAUGAGUCCAGCUAUCGCCGGAUGAAGAAGAAGUUAAACGUCAAGCCCGACGCCUCCUUUGGCCUUUCGAAAGACUCUCCUGCUACCGACCACAUCAUCUUCAAUCCGCCAUCAUCCGCUCCUUCGGUCCUCCACACUCCCUUGAAGUUUCUUCCCAAAGAGGACAAACGCCGACAGCUCUACAGCGUUGCGAAAAAUUCGACACUCGGCAUCGACGAAGAGGCCAAACUGCCCCCGGCGAUCCUGAAGCAGAACGCGGGAUACCAUAGGUACCAUCUUACGCAAGAGGAUUUUGCGGAGAUAAGACGGUUGAGAUCUUCGGAUCCGGAGACGUGGACGAGACUGAAGCUGGCGAGAAAAUUCAACUGCACCUCCCUUUUCAUCGGCAUAUGUUGCGAGGCAACCGCCGAGAAGGUUGCUCUCGAGAAGGCAAAGAUUGAGGCUAUAAAGGAGCGCUGGGGUCCGAAGAGGAGGAUGGCCAGGGAGGAUAGGGUCAAGCGCAGAGAAGCUGCGUACCGCGACGAAUAAGGGGCCGACGACGAAGGUUUGCUACGGAUGUGUAUAAAUAAGCACGUUUCCGCGGCUCGGGCGAGACGGGUCGAUAAAUGAGACAUGGAGAGGUUUCGUGCUCAGGGCGUGGCUCGGAGUGCUACGCAAACUCGAAUUUUCAUUGAUCCUGUAGAAUAUAAAGGGAAGCAUGAGGCGGCGGCCACGGAGUUUAGCGCUAUAUUGCGACUGUAGAAUAGAUGUCUGAAUAAAGAUCAUAAACACUGCGAUGGAUUGCUGUUGCAGCUGUAGUUAUUUUGGAUGGGGCUCUGUGCAAUUGAUCACUCUGGGCCCAAUAUCUAUAUGCAACACGAACGCCGUGACCCCAAACCAUGCUACGGAAACAAACAGGGAGCAUCCAGAGUUCGGGGUAUGCCUCAAGGCUUCUUAGGCUCAGCAGGUUUAUUAGGCUCGACAGACAUUUCAAAGGUAACCUAUUUCCUGUCAGCAAUGCUCAGCGUCUGAGCAACUCUACUCACGGGUCCAUCAUUGAUCAGAGCCACUUCCAUCAUAGCUUGAAAUACGCCGUCCUUCACCUUCUCGGGAUUAUAUCCCUCCCCUACCUUCAACACAAAUCGCUGGUAGAGUUCUUUCGCCUGCUCCCCUCCCAUCGCGCCAUGGAAGUCUGGUUUUGAACCCUUCUUGGUAUUUGCCAAGAGUGUAAAUUGGGAGAC